CUGGCAAGCUGUGGUGUCAGUUGGUACUCGUGAAUUGUGUUUCACGGAGAAGGCGAGCCCGCCUGGUUUAAAGUACAUAGUGAUGACAUGAUUCUUUUAAAGACGCUGCAAUGACAGAAUGCACUUGACACUCGGUGCGAGAUUGACAUAGCGCCUGAUUUCUUCCUCUAGAGAAAAUAACAAAGUUAUUGACGAAGAUGGUGAUGCCGCCCUGAGGAAACAGUAUGAUGACCGCAUCGAGAUCCCGCUCUAUGUGCUGACUGUCUUUAUGAUCGGCUCUGCAGUGGAGGAGGCGAUGAUGACAGCGUGUACUUCUAAGCACGCGAGGGCGAGGGUGGUGUUGGCGAUGAUGUCUUGGCAGCGGGUGGCGACGGUGACGCUCCUGUCGAUGGUGGUGAUGACGGCGGAGGUGGCCUCCGCCUGCGACAUCUCCGAGUACGCCUGCGACGACGGAGGAUGUGUCACCCUCAGCCACUACUGCGAUGGCGUCGCACAUUGCUCCGAUUACUCGGAUGAACCUCCUGGUUGCACAGUAUGCAAUCGGACCUACUACGGCUACGUGGAACACACGUACCAGCUGGAGGUGCCAGCACCCCCGGCCUCCCGCGCAGGACCUCCUCCUGUGCCCUCGCACCCUCUCUACGUGCUGGAGACAUCCAAGACGGAAGGCUUCAAGUGCAUCCUCACUUUCGUGGCCAUAGGUAGAGAUCACGGCGACAUCGUCCAGAUUACUUUUCAGAAGUUUCACGUCGGACAUUACAACGUGGCUGCAGCCGAUGGUGCUGGAAUCGGAGGCUGCGAUGGUGACUACGUUGGCAUCGAGGAACCAAAGUUACCGAGGCGUGGAGGCCGUUGGUGUGGGGAAGGUUCAGGUCUUAAUGUAUAUUACAGCGAGAGCGAUUCUGUUGCUGUCACUCUACAUGCUGCCUCGACCACGCAGGGAGAGUAUUUCGAUAAUCCCCUGAAAUUUAAAAUCAGAUACAAAUAUCUUCGCCGUGAGCGAGCUCUUGUGCGUUAUGGACGAGGAGGCUUUGAAAAAUAUAGAGGAGAGCCGGUUAAGAACAGCGUCUGUAGUCGCAUGUUUCAGGGCUGCAGAUCACGACAAUGUCGUCUCCAAUCACCCAAUUUCCCUGGCCUCUACCCUCGGAAUGUUACUUGUUACUAUUUGGUCAAAGCUCUACCACCAACAGCACCGGACAUAAUACCAGUUGUGAGCCUCAGUCAAGACAAUGAUCGAUUAAUACAGGUUGGUCGUCAAGGCCAUGGAGGUCGGGUAUCACCGGAAUCAAGGUUAAGACAAGACGUUGAGUGUCGAUCCCCAGACGAUUUCCUUUUAGUGUAUGAUGGUGGCUCAAUGACGUCACCCUUGCUUGCAAAAAUUUGUGGCACUGCUACCAUACCCAACAUCACCUCCAGUGGACCAGAAAUGCUUGUGGUAUUUCAAACAGCAACCUCUGGAAUGAUGAAUCAUCUCCCUAAUUUAGUAACUGGAUUUGAACUUGAAGCAAAUAUCCUUUACAUGAAGCAAAGUCCAGGUAAUGUGAAUGGGUUACACUGUAAGCAUACUCUGAAAAGUUUUGGUCUCACCAGUGGAGCAGUUCUUAGUCCUGUUUUUGCAGUUCCUGCCAAUUCUUCCUGUAGUUAUCAUUUUGUGGGCAGGAGGAAUGAGGUUGUGUGGAUAUAUUUCACUAAGUAUUACAGAGCAGGAAAAAGGAAUGCUAUGAUUAACUAUUUACCGUGUGAAAAUCGUUUGGCAAUUUAUGAUGGUGAUAGUCCAUUAGGAUCUCAAACUGGAAGUCCUCAUCUAAUGGGAGAAUAUUGUGAGGAGCAGCAGCCACCGAUUUGUGUUAGGUCUAGGCAGAAAGGAACCAUCAGCCGACCUUGUUCCACGAAGGAAAGUUUUCUUUCAACUGGUCCCUCUCUGUUUGUAACACAGGAAUUUUCAUAUGGUACAAGCCUUCUCCCACUUGAAUAUGAAAUUCACUAUGAAUUUGUAAACGUUUUUCAGGAACAAAAAGAACCUGAGAGUGAUUGUGACCGCGUUUUUACAAGCCAUAAAGAAAUGAAAGGACAUUUCGGUUCUCCUAAAAACAUUUUUCUAUAUGGAAGAGGGGGAAAGUCUUCCUUGUUUUGUAAAUAUAUAUUUAAGCCCAUGAGUGGAGAAGCAAUAAAACUGAAAAUCACAAAUGUUGUAUUUCGUGGUAACAUGUGCAAGACAAUUCACAAUUUUCAAACAAACCUCUAUGAGUGCAUCGCACGACUCUCUGGUUCUGCUGUCUUAGAGGGUUGGGAAGAGCCUUGGAAACACACUCGCCUUCCUCUUGGCUGUGUGUGUAAUGGUGGUGUUAGUCCUGCCACUUUUGUUAGCCAUACAAGUUAUGUACAACUUGAUUUUAUGAUAAAAGAUAUGAGCUGGAGUCAGGACUUUAAUGACUUUUACUUUGAUGCUGAAUAUGAAUUCAUUAAGACAGAGAAGUGCCCUGAUAAGCGAGUUCUCAAUGGUUCAACAGGGAUUGUUCUCAUACAGAGUGAUUUGCAUCAUAAUGCUUGUUAUGAAUAUCCAUGGAGAAUUAAUGCAAGAGAACAUACUCAUCUCUAUUUGAACAUUCCGGGCUACCACGCAUCAAGUCAGCGUUGUUCAACACAAAAUCGACUUGUAAUAUAUGGUAGUCAUUCUUCACAGCCAUUGAAAUCUGUCUGUCCUGAAGAAAAUGUUGUUGACAGUGUGGAGAUGUUCUCCUCAGGAUGGAGUUCCCAGAUAGACAUGAUAGAACCUCGGCCAGAGAGUUUCAUCAUCCGUUACCUUGCAAGAGAGCCUGGAAUCUACCAGCUAACUUGGCUGGAGGUACGCCGUGAGCCCAGGCCAUCCGCUCUGGAAUCCCUCAAAAGUGUGGAUGGGCGAGGGAAGGGGACAGUGGCUUCAUGCACCCAUCUGUGCCCAGAAUUAGAUGCUUGCAUCAAUCCAGAGCUGUGGUGUGAUGGAAUGGAACACUGUCCCUCAGGAGCAGAUGAGCUCCACACUGCUUGUCUAUAUUUCACCGUCCCCUGGUUCUACCUGGCUCUUGGGGCUGUGGCUGUCUUGAUAUCUCUUCUAGUGUUCGCCUCUACGCUGGUAGCUGUAAGAAUUUAUCAGAGGGGAAAAGUGAAGAGAAAGAAGAAGAAAGAAGCUCAGAGACUCAUGACCAGAGAAGUCAUCCUUCCUAUGAACUUUCACAAAGAAAACAUAUACUGACGUCACUGAACCUACAGGUGAAGCUGACCUUCACCUGUUCUUCCUUUAAGUUAAUUCAUUAUCAUCCUUCUACUCGAACUAAGAGCCAUAUUGUUGAGGCCAAGUUUUAUACAGAUUUUUGUACUAUUUAUAAACAGUGACACAGUUGAUAUCUAUGAAUUUUGUAUAUAAGCUUAAAUAUAUAUGACUGUUUUUGUUUAAAAUUUAGGAAACGUGUUUAGGUAGUUAAAAGCUGUAUGCCAUUAGAAUAUUUUCUAAAAAUAAGUUUGUGGUAGUAGUAUUAAUACUUUACUUAAAAUCUGUCGCCAGGCCUUAUGGUGAAGGGAACUUUUCAUUGGGAGCAUUAAAGUAAAUUUUUUGGCAUGCCAGUAAUUAGAUCAACGAUAACCUAUGAAAGUAAUCCUCAUAUGUUCUUCACUGUCCAUACUAUGGACUUGAGCUACCUAUUUUCAGUACCACCUUCCAUAGAAGUACGCAUCUAUUAUCCCGAACUAAGAUUAAACAUGCUUUUUGUAUCCGUAACGAAAAUCUUUUUCAUUUCUUCUUUAAUUCAGGAAACACUAGCUUAUCUCCAUUUUUAGGAUGAUCUAAGGAGAACAUUUUUUGUCAUUGAAAUCUGUUUUUAAAUGAAUACUCGAUAUUAUUGGAGCUAAUGUAGGUUAUCUGCUGAAGGUAAAAAGUUUAAUAACUCCCCAAAACCUCGGUGUUAGUGUUAAAGUACCACCACUAAGUAAAAACCGCAUAGAUCACUGGGCAUAAUGAAACGAAACACUCUAGCUUAAUUCAAUUUUAGGACGCCUUAAGGAUAAAAUUAUUAUUUUAAAACGCAAAUGAAUACUUAAAUUCAUUAAAUUAUCUGAGCUGAUGACGUUGUAGGAUAUGAAAACUGAGAAAAAUACAUAAACUCCACAAAAUCUGUGUUAGUGUAAAACUACCACUAUUUAGCCGAAGUAUCAUGGGUCACCGGGCUUUGUAAAAUGAGUAAGGCUGCCUACGCACUAAGAAAUUUAGUCUGUUGUAAAUAAGUGCUGGCAGUUAAUGUUUGAAAAGUAAAAUACUACAGUAUUGUAAAAUAAAUCAUAGUAAUCAAAGCCUAAUAAUACAAAAUAAAGUUUUACAAUCCCUGGACACACUAGCAAUUGACUGCAGAAGCUCAAAGUAAAUGUGUACAUAAACCCUUCAAGGUCUUGACGUUAUUAACCUGACUACAACAGUCGUAAAGUUGAUGGAUAAGUGGCACUUACACCCUACGCUACAAGAGCUCUCUUCAUAUAACGAUAAUUAUAUGGCUUAGAUGUCACAUAUACCUUAGGUGGCAAAAAUUUCUUGAUGUUAUGGAUACACCAGCAGAACUAAACUUCUUAAUGUCAAUGGUAUUUCUCACGAUUACGAAUAUACUGUAGGACGCGUUAUACUCGUAUUCAGAGUAACCCUGAGGAUUCCCAAGAUGUCAUUAGUCAUGUACAAAUACUAGACUGAAUCAUCAUUAAAUGUAGCCCAGACCACCUAAAAGAACUAAGAUUUCAACUAGCACUGAAAGCCCGUAGAUGGCAUGAAAGCCCAGAUAUGUCACGAAUACCUGCAGACUGCGUUAUUCCCCACCCCCCGGGGAUAACAGCUACAUAGGAACACAAAACCAUCUUCCCAAAACAGAUGUUCCCUUCGUAGUAGUGUUAGUCGAUGGAACCUCUUUUGUUUACCCAUGGAUGAUAUGUUAAAUAUAAUUGUGAUACAAAUUGUUUAUAACACUGUAUAAAGAGUAUUUACACAUAUCGAAUGCUGUUAAAUGUCUGGCUGUAGUCUGGUGUGUAUAUAUGGCGCCCGAUUUUUAUUUCUUCUUUUGCCAGGUAGUGACCUAAAAAAAUGGUGUUUGAAAGUAUCGAUCAAUCUCCUAAGAAAAAUAUUACAGGUAUAAAAGAGUGAAAUGUAAUUUAUAAUAAGUGUUAAGUUAAUGUAUUCAUACAUGAUAUUUAUUGUACGAUAAGAUUGUUGUUUAAAAACACAUAAGGUUAUUAAAUGAACGCUUAUACCCUCCCGAGCAGUCACGCAAAUUUCAUAAAUUUUCGCUUUAAAGACAAUAAUGAAAGAACACCUUCGAGAUACACAAACACUAGAUUCUAGAUUGACAAAUGGGUUUGGUUUUCAUUGACAAUAAUUGCCAAAUGUUAAUGUAUAUAUCUUCUAAUGCAGGUGAGCAUUCUCCACGGACAAUGAAAUGCCAUUUGUCAUCGUCUAGUGUUAUUUUGUCGCUUCCGUUUAUAGGUAAUAUCUCCAGUGUUGAAGAAAAUAAGAAGUGAAAUCUGUUAACGAUUUUGAUAUGGGUAUUCUAGGUCAGCCUAAAAUAACUAAGUGAAUUAUCAUUGCUUUUAAAAAACAUUUUGUGAUAAAAAUCUUAAAAUUGACUAUAUCUCAACUUUCGAAGUGCCAAGUAUUCCCAUUAACUCAUUUAUGGAACACCAGUUCACCCGGGAGACAUUCUAAUAAGGGGCAGGAAGUUUUAAAUCUAAAUCCAGUUUGUAUGGAUGCGCUUGAAAAUCAGAUUAUGCGAAAUUGUUUCUCAUGAAAAAAGGAAUUCACAAGUAAUUGGUGAUAAAAUAAGUCAUUUAAAAAAAGAGAGAGAGAAAAUACUGUUAAUGACGAGUGAUCAGGCUCAAAUACCAAGCUGAAACUAAAAAUGUACCGAGCUUUCAAGACAAAGUAAAAAGCUCUGACGUGAAAUUACCCAAAUCCUUCAGAUCCUUAUUCAUUUUUGAGCAAGUUCAAGAAUAAAAACGAAAUCUUGUUGGACGGUAAAUGCUCUCGUAAAACACUGCAGUUUGUUGAAUGCAAACAUCCAAAAGUUCACGUUGAGAUUAUGCUGAUACCUAAAUGUCAGCAGCAAAUGCCGUGGGAAAAAUGGCAGAAAAAUUAAGAGAUACCUUCCUCAAAGAAUGUUUCGGUGAAAGAAAAAGAAUGUAUUAUGUUUGAAAAAUAUUUCCAAGGUUCAGAAAACCCUUAAAUCACAAUUGCACUGUAAAUAAAAUAGUUGUAAAAAUUGAUUCUGUGGUAAAGAAAACUGACUUUACGAGUAUAUCAGAAAAAGUUACGGUAGAAGAACAGAAGUAGAAAUUCAUUCACAAUAGCCCAAAAGGAACACACUGACUUAACUGGAGGAAAAAUUUACUUGUUUUCAUAGUGAUGUUCUCGGGGGAUCAGUGUUACACUUAUAAUAAUGAUGAAGUAUAAACCAAGGGGAGACACAACUUCUCUCUAAUCUCGAGCAGGUGUCGUACUGUGAGGGACUGGGAAAGUGGAGGAAGGAAAAUGUGAACAUGCUGUAGAAACCCUUACAUGUGUCCUAAAUGUUAUUGUAUUUUUGUACCGUAAUUUUGUAGAAUGAGUAUUUUUGUAAUAAAAGAUGAUGCUCCAGA